CUGUGCAAACCUUCACUCGCUGUCUCUACUGCAAACCUUUUCCUGCGGAAUUUCUGUUGUCGUGCUCUUGUUAUGAACACGGACAUCUUGUUGAAUGCGUGCUUUGGGAACUGAGAAUAAAUUGCGAUGCGCAACUCACCUGCGAUGUUGCGCAUGCAGCCAGAGUCUCCGAUCACAGAGGUUGGACACCAACGAGCCCAGUAAAGAUGCCUUCCACAGCCAAGCCACCUUGGUUCUUGAUACGUUCUGCAUCAGUUACUAUAUUAGAGUGGACAAAGCCGUAUUUGCAACAGGCAUGAAACUCAGCGCAAAGCUACUUGAAUCAACUCUAUGCAACCGCUUGUACAGAAUGCAUCAACCCCAUCUCUAUGCAAGAGUCCAUCUUUCUUGUCUAUGUCCUUUGUUGCUUAAAAUAUUUUUCAUCUUGAUGUCUUUUCCUGGCAGUUGUCUAGCGGUACCGCAGGACCGUCUGCUUUAGACAAUCCGAGGUAAGCGCCAUAACUCAAUCAGCGAGUGAUAGUUUGAUGGGAACUCGUUGCUAACAAGAAUGAUGUCGCUGAUACGGGCCACAAUCAAGCGGACGGGUACAAGGAAAGCAUCUAUCCAUCGUUUGUUCUGGGCAGCCCUUGUUUAUGUUGGACAGUAUCAGGAACUUUCGAUUGAGAUAUACCGGACCCAUCUUGAGCGCUGUUGCGUCUCAGGUCCGGCAUUUAAAAAAUAUGACGACUGAGCUUCCAAGUACUUGGAUUUGCCACCCGACCUUGGGCAGGGACAUUGGCAACGUGAUAUCUUUGUUGUUGACUUUACUUUGUGCAACGCCUCAACUAUGACCAUCCUGGAUCGGAACACGAAAGUAGCUGGGAUAUCACUUAUGGAUGCGUCCUGUGCUGGAUUCUAUCCUUUUAAGAAUUUUGCCUUUCUAUACCUGUGAAGCCGCUAUAGUUUUGGGAAAGGCCCCAUCUUGGUAUAUCAACCAGGAUACCUCCCUUGAUCUUCUUAAAUGGCGGCGGCUUAGCGAACAAAGCAUGAUGAAUUGAAGCCUCGCUAUGAAAUCAAAUCAAAUAUCGGUAUACAAUAUCUAAAAGAGGAUACUUCGUUAACAGCCUGUGCGUCGUGUAUCUGUUUAGGUUUAUUGACCUAGCAUGUCGGGUCGUCAUGAAAAGAAAGGAAAUGGAAGGAGCGCAUAAACCGCGUUGACGACUUGAACAAAUUAUUUGGGAGCUUCUUCCUGUGAUUACUCAUGAUGCUAAUAUGCUGAUGAUAACUCUCUUAUUAAACUCAUUGUAGGUGUACCGGCCUCGCGUUCGCGUCCAUGUCGGACCGACGUCACAAAUCGUACGCGCCGAAUUGGAUUGUCCACCGAGUGAGAAAAACGAAAAACUUUUUGCUGCGGAGUGACUUUUCGGAAGUCCGCUAUUCGCAUGGAGUAAUCCGCCGAUCGUUUGAAAAUCCUCUUCCGGUCAAGCUCAGGACGUGCGACGCGAAUCCGUGCGUGUUUCCUUUGGACGUGUCCCACGACUGGGACGGCCUUGUUCUUCUCAUCACAAAUCAAACAUCAAGAAAAUGUUCAACGCCUUCGCUGGAAACUAGCCGAAUAGACGUUUUUGAUUCCGACGCGGAAGAAACGUUUGUUCUCGCUAGGUUGUGACUCGCAGAUUUGUCUCAUUCUUCGUCACACUAGUCCCUGCUGUGUUCUGCGCCAUGGCUUUGAUGUUGAUGGCCGGAAUGCACAAUUUCGUCUUUAAUGAUGCACUGUAGUCAUGAUACCCGCACAAUCCGCUCCAAAUGGUGCAGAGCUACACCAAAUCGGGUGCGCGUCGUCGACUGCGCAUUACACUGCAGAUAUGACUUUUAUAAACGUGUGGAUACCAUCCGUCGCAUUCACACGGGCGCUCGAGAAGGUUGCACCGCCUGCGCUCCAUUUUCUUUUAGAUCAAAUCAUUUCAAACGAUGCGGUCAAGAAAGCACCCGUUGGCGAUUGGUUGCCCGAUGGCUGAGGCGAGGCAUUUUCUCACUGCGCGCGUCUGCUGUCCGUUUUACCGGGGCAUCCCCGAAAAGCCCUGGCCGUACUUAAGCCGACUAGACCUGGUAUCCAACCGUCUUUCAGUGCAAAAGGACACCCCACUCUACCUCACGAAUACCCUCUAGUCUAAUCGUUUAUUCACCCUCCUAAACAAAAUGCUUUCCGUCGCUCUCGCUGCUGCCCUCCUCCCAGUCUUCGCUGUGGCAGAAAACGUUUUCACCGUUAACGUCGCACAGGGCGGGCAAUUGAACUUCAGUCCGGCCAACGUUGACAAUGUCCAGAACGGCGACGUCAUCCAGUUUGUCUUCGACGGCCCCAAUCACUCUGUGACGCAGUCGACUCUUGCCCAACCUUGCACAGCUCUCCAGGGUGGUUUCAGCAGUGGCUUUUCCACUGCUGCUGGUGAAGUCUGGAACCUCACCAUCUCCGACGCCUCAAAGCCGAUCUGGUACUUCUGCGCACAAUCUACUCCUUUAGUCCACUGUGAAAAGGGUAUGGUUGGCGCUGUCAAUUCCCAGCAGGAUGCUUUCAACUCCUUCUCUGCCAACGCGGCUUCUGCCACUGACACGCCGAGCCAAAGCGUCAACCUCAGCGGUAGUGGUGCUGCCGCAACUGCUUCCCCCGUCAGCGCCGCUGUCGUUAGUGGAACUGCCCCGGCUGCUUCUGGCUCCGGCGGCUCUAGCGGAUCCGGAUCCAGCACUGGCAGUGCUGCACCGACCCAGAGCUCGUCCGCUGCGAUGCCUUUCGCCGGCCUCGAGGGUGCUGGUGCUGCCGUCCUCGCAUUCUUCGGCGCCAUGCUCCUCUAAAUUUCUGUUUAGUCGAUUGUUUGUUACCUCGUUUUAGAAACAUACCCCAUCGUUACGGUAGAUGAGGGGGGUGAGGCGAGGCAAAAUUGGCUCGGACAAUGUCUGUUUCUUUGGAUAUUUCUCGCCAUGGUUAUCUGAUGUAGGGUGUAUUCUUCCCCUUGGAAAAUUUUAUAAUUAUUAUUUUCGAACGCUUCGAGGUAGUUAUGGCGACAACGUAUACGUCUUAAUAAAAUGACCUGAUGAGGUGCAUGAUGAUUGCUUCUUUGAAUUUGAA